AUGCUUCAGGACAUAGCAAAAAACUUUUAUGACCUGGCAUUUGAAAUUAGAUACAGAUCUCCUUUAUCAUAUAGCUUAAGGUGGGUUCGCGAUGUUUUACGUUUUGCCCAAAUCGUCAUCUUCAUGAGUGACUUUUGUAAAGUCAAAGAGAUUAAUACGCGUACUCCGACAUUCAUAAGGAUCUUAAACAACGCAGGGUUACUCAAUUUCUGUUUUGAUUUUUCAGUCAUUCCUGUUUUCUUAAAUUUAUUGCAAUUAAUUUUACUAUGCUCGUUCUUCUGGUUCGUUUAUUACAAUUGCCUGAAGGUCAAGAAUGGAAAAUAUGUAUCGAAAAAUAUACUAUUCGUCAUUGUUUUCGGAUUUGAAUUUUUAUUUCCAGUAUUUCAAAUUCAAUUCUUUUUCAGAUUCACGCAACAGUUUCUCUUGAUCCUACAGAAGAAUUCAAUCCUCAGUAUUUUCUCAUUUCUUCUUUUAGUUACCAAUAUCAUCAUUUGUUUUUGCUUCGAUUACAUAUCCUCAGUCUUUUUUCGACCCAAAGUCAUCGUCACUACAGCAUUGAUUGACAAUUUCACGGGAGCCACAGAACUUUUAAUUUUCUGGUGUCGUUUUAUAGUUAUCACUGUCCAAUUACUCUUGAGCCAAUACAGGGUUUUCAUUAUUGAGCUCAUAAUGUACUCUUGGUAUCCGAUUGUCGUCAUAAUUAUUUUGGAAAAGAGAAUUUCAAUCGGAGUCCACGUAAAUAUAAUUGGCGCCAUACUUAACGACAGCCCUCUGUUUGCGGCUCCUUUCGUUUUACUUGCGAAUCUGCAUCCACAUAAUUAUUUACCUCCAGGAGCGAUUUUAGUCUCGUGUAUCCUCAUUUACUCGCUCACAUUCAUCUUGUACAAGAUAUUCAUGCGCAAAUACGCUUCCUUGAUCUUCAAUCAGAAGUACGAUCCUCCUUGGUGGCUUCCAAUCAAGAAUUCCCUUGUUAUGAGGACAGCCGCCGAGAAUGAAGCCGAUGUCGAAGCGUUUGAAGACUACAUUGUUCUCAGAAUGAAGCAAGAUCCAGAAGAAAUGAUCGAAGUGGUCAGAUUUUUAGGAAUAUUCAGGUCUCAGAGAGAGAAGAUCAUGUUGAUGUUCUCCAAGUACAAGGAGACAUCGAUAUACUACGACUACCAGUUCUAUCUGUUCAACAGGAUCUUCGAGAGCUACGAAAACAAACCUCCUUCCCACUACAUCCAAAUUCUCGAUGAUUUGCAGCGAAACUUCUACAUCUGCCUUAGUUUGUUCUGGCAGAAACGCUCCGAGCACAAUCUGUUCAUCGCAUUCAUUUUCGGCAUCAAGACAGCUCUGAUACACGUAGAACUGAUCAACUUCAUUCAGUACCUCUGUUUCAUAUUCCAGUACGAUCCAUACGUCCACCAAGCGUACGCAGAGAUUCUUCUGAUCGCUGAGGGAGAUGCCAGGCAGUCUGUCUUGUACAGGAGAUACACUUCGAUGCUGAAGGACAACUCCAAGUCUGUUGCUGAUCCGAUUUUCAAGUCUGUCGCCGCUUACUAUCCGAUAUCUAAUGACAGGUACUUGGAAGAGAACACGAACUCUAACUCAGCAACGUCGUCGAAGAGCGAUCUUGGCUCUCUGUACUCGUAUUCCCAUUUGAGAUUCCAUAUCGACGAGAAGGUGAUUUACAGAGAUGAAGACAGCGACAAUUCAUUGAUGGCAAUGUUUGUUCAGAAAUGUACGAAUGUCAAAUCAUAUUCAGUACUUAUUUCGAUGAUUUUGCUGUUUAUGUGGACAAUUACAUUCAUUUUGCUUCAGACGAAAGGAGAUGCGUAUCUAUUUGAGUACAUCAUGAAUGUCAAAGAACGCGUGAAAGAAACAAUUGACUUGUCAAUCAGAUUGACAUCAGGAAUAAUUCUGCAGCCAAUUUUGUUGGAAAACAACAAAACAAACUCUCUCAAUUGCCAGAAAAUGAAAGAAAAUGUGUAUAACUAUUUGCAGAGUUACUCAUUCACUUUCAAAGAAGAUUACUACUACGUAUCCAAAGCAAUCUCUCUGAUAUCGAGUUACAUCGCAACAAUUCCUGAUGACAAAUGCCAGGUUUUGAAAAAUGACACAAAGAUAAUCAUGGACAGUUUGGAGGGAAUCAAACUGAACUACGAGUACUUCCACGGUAACUACACAAUAUAUAUGGCAAACGACGACGCUAUUGUCAUAUACUGGAGGUUCUUCGUCUACCUCAUCCUGGCGUAUUUAGUUGGUCUGACAUUAACCGUUUAUUUGAUGUAUCUUUCUGUCAAAUUUACACUGACAAAUUUGCCACAACCUGUGCAAGAAUUUUUGGGAUCAAAAGAGAGGUUGUCGAUGCUUUUGUUGAAGAAAUCUCUCGAGAGCUGGGAUUUGUUCAAGUUCUUGUUCCCUGACCCAAGAAAACCAACUCAACCCCCUGUUAAACCAGAAACCCCCCCUGUUUCAACUCGAAGAAUAAAAGUGACAAAAUAUUCAAGUGCUACUAAUAUCCAGAUGAAUCAGAGCACAAAUUCAUCACACCACGUCAACUUGAAAGAUGCAAAAGUAUCAAUCUCUUUCAUCGGUGCAGACAAUAUCUUAAAACCGUCAAUGUUUGGUCUGAUGUCACCUUUUGUAAUUUCAUCUACUACUAAUUCCAGCGAAGUCAGCUCUGAGAACUCGGAGAGCUGGGACAAUUCUAGUUCCAACAGGAAUGACGACGCAUAUGUCAUCCCCGAAACUGUUGAGAACUACGACAUUGUUUCCAAAAUGAUUGACCACAAUUCGAAAGAAUUCAAAACAGUUAUUUUGGCGCUUUUGAUUAUUUACACUUUGCCGUAUUUAGUUAUGAUGUUUUUCAACAUUUACGAGCGAGUUGUUUUGGAGUUCCAAAGAACAAACUCCAGGAAAUACUUGAACAGAAUGGUAGAAAACAUCUCCACACUCCACAACCUUCCGCAAGAGAUCUACAUCGACAACCACACGAAUCUGACAUUGGUUGUCCUGGAGAGAUCAGCGCAACUCAACCAGAAACUGUCUAUUUACUCAAGAGGACUGGGUCCUUUCCUGGAGGAUUCAGAUAAGAUUUCUUACACUUCCCAGACAGGUUUGCUGGCUUUCUCGUCAUGUACUUUCAUUUUCUCUAUUCUGACAUGUUUCGUCAUAUACGACAUCGACUGGCACGUCACUCUCGGAUUCAACAGCUUGUUCCACUUCCCCAGCGGAUACUUGGAGGACAUAAACAAACCGAGAGACAACGACAUCGAUUUGAAACUGCCGAAAGAGUCGAUCAUCUGCCUGAUUGUUACAAAUGACACAUCUGGAGUAAUAACAAACAUCUCGCAGAACUGCGCUGAUCUCAUAAAUGUCCAGCCGAUAGACGUAAUUGGUAGGAAAUACGAUGAAGUGUUUCCUCUCGAUUCAGAAAAAAAUCGGUUAUUUUACAUUUCGCAGAAAAAAGUGAAAAAGUACGUUGAAAGCAGGUAUUCGACAGGAAAGAUUGUCAGGAUCGCAUUGUACGACAUGCAGAGUGACAAUUCGCCAAGAUCGGUUUUGUCAAACCGUCUGACAAAAUGUCUUCCAUGUCAAAUUGCGAAAUUUUUCUGCGAAAAAGGAGCUUUUCACUACAAAUUCAAAAACUCAUUUAUUGUUGUUGUCACAUUCGAUUCGACAACAUUUAAUCCAACGAUUGAUCAUGUAUUUAUGGAUUCCUCCAAUAUUUUGCAGUCUUACAACUCAAUCAUGCUUCUUCGAGUCAACGGAAGCCAGAUUUUCUACUUCUGCUACUCGAGCGACAGAAACAUCCCGAUUCUGUUCACGAAAGACUUGAUCUACCCUCCGUCCAGCAGCAGCUUGAAGGCGCUCGCAACAAGUAACAACCAGAACCAGCAGCAGAGUCCAAUAAGAAACGUUGUAAUCACGAAGAGCGAAUUCACUGCUGAUAUAAUGACUGAUUACACUGAACCUUACAUCUCGCUGAAUUACCAGAAGAAGAUUGGCCAGAUGAGGGCUGGAUUUGCACUGGAGGAGAAGUCGCUUUUGAUAAUGGAUGACUGCAUAAAGAUUGGAAAGAAAGAACUUUGCCAAAGAAAGGAAAUAAGUAGAGGAAUAAGAGGAACAGUUGUUAAGUUUGCGGAUAUUCCUCUCCUCAUUCAAGAACUGCGUUAA